AAAAGUUCGGGAAAUUUAUCUUACAACCUCCGAAAAAUAUAUGCGUUACUGGAAUUAACUGUAGUAUUGUCUGUAAAAAUGGCUCCUCUCUUCUCUGAGGUUCAUUGUUAACAGGCUUUACUUCUUUCUUGAUCAGAGCAAUUCGCAUUUCCUUCUACUUUCAAGGUUAUUCUGGGCUUGUAGAUCUCUCUAUCGAUGCCCUGGGGUUAUGCUACAAUUUCUGCUUGUUUUAUGCCAUGGAGUAUGCGAACCAUUAUGCCUUUGAUCUGUUGAGGGUUUUUACGGAAUAUUCUUACUUGAGGUUGAGAACAUGGAUAGUGGCUUGUGCUAAAGAAGACUGCUCGUAAAUCUCAUUGAAGGAAAGGAUCCAAGGAAGCAGCUUGCUAACAAACUCAGUGCUUUGUCCAGAGGUGAGAGGAAGCCCGCAUUAAUGGCUGGUCCGUAUGCACCUCUUAGGACUUAUCCAUCACAACAGGGAUUUGCAUCUAGGCUUCUCCUUCUUCUCACCCUCCUUCCCCUAACCCUUGCAACAUUUGCCUUUUUGCUUCAAUGGAGGGGUGGCCUCAAUGAUCCCACUUCUCGAUGGCCUGGAGAUAACCGCAAUUUUCCUGGAACCAGUCCUCUUAGCACUACUUCUCUUUCGUCCUCUUCUUCUUCAUCUUCUUCUUCAGGGGAUUGUCACAACAAAUUAGAUUUUCCAUAUUACCAUGAUUGGGGCUUCAAAUUUGCAUCAGAUGCUCACCCCAAGAUAUGUAUCACAACAAGCACUUCAGCGGGUUUAGAUCAGAUUCUUCCUUGGAUUUUUUACCACAAGGUCAUUGGUGUUACGAGCUUCUUCCUAUUUGUGGAGGGAAAAGCUGCAUCUUCCAACGUAUCUGCAGUUCUGGAAAGCUUACCUGGAGUGAAAGUGGUAUACCGAACUAAGGAGUUAGAGGAGAAACAGGCAAAAAGCCGAAUCUGGAAUGAAACUUGGCUAUCAAGUUUCUUCUACAAACCUUGCAACUACGAGCUUUUUGUCAAGCAAUCACUUAACAUGGAGAUGGCUGUUGUCAUGGCACGGGAUGCUGGAAUGGACUGGAUCAUUCAUCUUGAUACGGAUGAGCUUAUUCACCCAGCAGGUGCCAAGGAGUAUUCUUUGAGGCAAUUGCUAUUGGAUGUGCCUGACAAUGUCGACAUGGUCAUUUUUCCAAAUUAUGAGAGUGCUAUUGAGCGAGAAGAUAUAAAAGAGCCUUUUAGUGAGGUGUCUAUGUUCAAGAAGAACUAUGACCAUCUUACAAAGGAAACAUAUUUUGGAAUGUACAAGGAAGCUACGCGAGGGAAUCCAAAUUACUUUUUAACAUAUGGCAAUGGAAAGUCGGCAGCUAGAGUUCAAGAUCACCUCCGCCCAAAUGGUGCUCAUAGAUGGCACAAUUAUAUGAAAACACCUAAUGAGUUAAAACUGGAUGAAGCUGCAGUUUUACACUACACUUACACCAAAUUUUCGGAUCUGACUUCAAGACGGGAUCGAUGUGGCUGCAAGCCUACAAAGGAAGAUGUUAAGAGAUGCUUCAUGUUAGACUUUGAUCGAGCCGCUUUUAUAAUUGCUUCUACUGCAACUGAAGAGGAAAUGCUUCGCUGGUAUCGGGAACAUAUUGUAUGGACAGACAAAACAUUAAACAUGAAGCUCCUCAGGAAAGGCAUUUUGACACGUGUAUAUGCUCCAAUGGUUAUCGUCCAAGGCUUGGGGGACUCCGGUGUUUUCACCAAUGCCAUUGCAUCUUCUCAUUCAUAUUCCAAGGGACAGUUUCUAUCUUCAAUUGGGCACCCAAGGAGCAGUGGCUCUUCCGAGACUCCUAAAAGCACUGCAUCUGGAACCCUAAUUUCCGAACUUCACAACCAGGAAUCAAAGGCAGCAGCAUCACGAAAGCUUUUAUUCAAGCUCCCCAACGUUACUUCCAUUGCGGCAAUGCCACCCAUGUCUCCUCCAGCCCUGGAUGAUGAUGAUCAUCUACCCAUGAUAAUGUAGGAAAAGAAACCCCUCAACAAGAUUGCAUCUUCUGAUUUGAAUCAUCUGAAUGAAGAAAACAUGGUGGUUUCCAUGGCAUUGAAGCUCAUUUCAGCAUGUGAAGAAGGAUCGGGAGAGGUUGCAGUCUACUUGUAGAGUUUGUGGAUCCUUAGGGUUCGUGUUCCCGAUCAUUACCCAAGCGCUGUGUAAAAUUUUCUUUUGUGAUUUUUUUUUUUGUUUCUUUUUUUUUUUAACGGUAGUGAUGCUCUGCAGCCUGCUGAACCACGAUGCGUGCUUUUAUGGCUGGGGGGAGCCACAUGUAAAUCUUGAUUAAAUUGGGGAAUGGAGGAGGAUUCUACCUCGUUCCCGAGCGUUUAGCCAUGGCUAUUCCUGGUUUUUCUCACCAUGAUUAUUAGUUUUAUUAAUGAUGCACUCCCUCCCCUUCUUUUA